AUGCCCAAGAUCAUCUCAUUCACCAAGACCUGGCACUCCGAGCCGUACGCCUUCAUCUCUCCAACCCGGCCUGAGCUUUCAGCAGCUGGAAAGAAUAUCGUCGUCACCAGUGGUGGCACUGGCAUCGGCAACGCCAUCGCUACAGCCUUUGCCAAAGCAGGCGCCAAAUCCGUGGCCAUCCUUGGACGCCGCCAGGAUAAGCUUAAGAGUGGCGCUGUCCACAUCUCGGCAGCAGCGGCGCAGGGUACUCAGGUUCUAUACGAAACAGCUGACCUUUUGGACCUGGGCCAGACUGAAGCUGCGUUCCAGUCCAUUGUCGCUAAGGUCGGUGAGAUAGACGUCCUUGUCUCGAACGCCGGAGGACUCCCGGAGCCGGGUCCCAUUGCAGGCUAUGACGGCAACACAUUUGUUCGUGCUGUCAGCGACGGCCAUUUGAGCUCUUUGAACUCUUUUCAGUCUUUUCUGGUGCAUGCUGGUCCGAAGCCGAUUCUGCUCAACACAUCUAGCUACAUGGCCAAUAUUACUCCGACUCCAGGUAUGAGCGCCUACUCUGUGAGUAAGGCAGCGGCCCUGAAGCUGUCCGGCUUUAUCGCGGCGGAGAACCCAGUGAUGCACGUCGUCAAUGUGCAGCCUGGUUGGGUGGCUACUGACCUCAAUGGACAUCAAAUGGAAGCAACCGACUCUGUUGAACUUCCCGGGCAAUUUUAUGUCUGGUUGGCGUCGCCUGAGGCUAAGUUUUUAAAGGAUAAAUUCGUUUGGGCAAACUGGGAUGCACAGGAACUUCUGGAGAGAGCUGAAGAAAUUUGA